AUGGUGGGUCGCUCUCCAGCCGGGGCAGCACCACAGAGAUGCAAUGCGGUCUGUGCGCCGUCGUCGCUGGUCUGUUCCGCCGGGCUAUGUGUAUUGCAGGCAGCCGACGCGGCUCCGGAGAAUCCUGUUAUCAGGAACUGGCCACGGAUAUGCAGGAGCGACGACACUCGCAGGUGGAAGAUGCAGAAAUUGAGCUGAUUAAAGCAAGCGAAAUCGUGAAGAGAGUGAAAAACGUUGAAGCGGAAGAGAGGCGGACUGGCGAGGUAACGGUGAACAGCGAGGAACAGAAUGCGGUGUUUGUGUGUAUUUCCGAUAGCAGCUUAUUUCGUAAUUCUGGUGCAUCGACUACGUUACCAGAAGUCCGUAAUGGAUCAUCUACGGCGGAAGCCGCAUUCAGACGUUUAUCGGAUGCGGAACAAAUUCUGCUGGAGAGUCUGGACAUCGAUCAAUAUAGACCCAGGCAUACUGGCCGAUUUCUGACGAUGCAUAAAAGACGACGUAAGAAGCUUACUACCAGAUCCUUGAAUCAGGAACCAGGUAUCUUGGAUGAUAUCUUCCACGGGCUGGUGCAGUGCGUGUUACAAAGAGCUGGAAACUGGCGCUUUAAUGCUUUCACGCUGGAAACAGUCACAGGUGGUCGUUCGCUGCCGGUAUUAUGUGUCCAUCUCUUCCAUUGUUAUGGUCUUUUUCAAUACUUCAGUUUGGAUGUUGUAACAGUAUGGAAACUAUUUGCUUUUAUCGAGGAAGGUUAUCACAGUACAAAUCCUUACCACAACAGUAUACAUGCUACGGAUGUCACUCAGGCAAUGCAUUGCUUCCUCCAAGAAAAAAAGAUUAAAACACAUCUAACCAAUUUAGAAAUUAUGGCUUCCUUGAUAGCGGCUGUAACGCAUGACUUAGAUCAUCCGGGUGUUAAUCAACCGUUUUUGGUCGCAACGAGUAAUCAUUUAGCUGCGCUUUAUCAGAAUACUUCUGUUCUCGAAAAUCAUCACUGGAGAUCGGCUAUAGGAUGUCUUCUAGAAAGCGGUGUUUCGGCACAAUUACCAGCCGACGUGAGAUCAGAACUUCAACGGCAUAUCAGUUCAUUGAUCUUAGCGACAGAUAUUACAAGACAACAAGAAUUUCUUACGCGUUUUAGGGAUUAUUUGAGCAACAAUUCACUUGAAAUGAAACGCGAGGAAGAUCGUCAUUUCAUCCUACAAAUUGCUCUAAAAUGCGCAGAUAUUUCCAAUCCGUGCAGACCGUGGGAUAUAUCUAGGAAAUGGUCUUAUAAGGUUUGCGAAGAGUUUUUCAGACAGGGCGAUUACGAACGUCGUUUAAAUCUUCCAGUAACGCCAUUAUGUGAUCGACAUACUACUAGCAUCCCAAAAAUUCAAGCUGGUUUUUUCAAACACGUCGUUACUCCUCUCUACGUAGAAUGGCACCGUUUUCUCGGUGAUGGUUUGAGUGUGUCAUUAAUGGAAUAUUUAAAGAUGAAUCAGAAAAAAUGGGAAUCACUGAUCAAUCAAGAGGUAACUGAAGAAAAAGAAACCGACAUUUCUGAAUUGGAUGAACCUGAAGGAAUCAUUAGUUCGGGCGAAGAAACGGCCGCUGAUGAAGAUUCGGGCAGUAUUGAUUUGCUGAUACCAGCAACUUAUGUGCAAACAGCGCGAAUGCCGACAUUGCCAGGACGAGUUGGACUCGAUCGCGUUGGUAGACGUCAUUCCGUUCCUCUAAGUGUAUCGAAAUCAUUGCACUUACCUUUAAUCCAGCCCAAUAGAAGAGAAAGUAUGCCGAUCGAACAAGCCAAAGCGAAAAAUCAAUUCUGGAAGAUGGAAGAUCAAAAUUUAUUGGGGCCGAGUUCAUUGUCUCUAUUGUCUUCCAAAAGUAAUACGAGCGAGUCAAAUGUUAGCGUUGUUGAGAGACCAGUUAGCGCAGAGAAUCUCUUACCAGAGACAAGUAUAGCCAGUAUUACGAGUAGUGCCGAAGCAUCGAAAUUAAAUACAGUUUUGCAAUCGAAUAAUCAGUACAGCGCGCAAACUAAACAACUUACGCGACAACAGACUUUCCCUCCGUUGCAACCAAGUACGAGAAUGAGGUAUAUGUCUGCGACCGCGGAGAUGUCACAAUGUUACAUUCAGACGUUGAUAGAAACUGACAAUUCUUUUAGUUCCUCGACUAAUACGAAAGAAAAAUCAUGUCCAAGCGGUCGGUACUGUUCGCACGAUCCUAAUUCACGUUAUCAAAAGAAAUCCAGCAUAAGUCCUCUUUCUAAAGAAUUACCGAUGGAUAUAUCUAUCAAAAAACAAGGCUUGACUUUGUUGGAUACAACAAAACAGAAACAUACUGUCAAUUCCAUGCGUCGCCAUUCUAUACAGACUGUUCGCACUGAUGAUUCUUUUUCUAAACAUAGAUAUAAAAGGCCUUCUUCCGCUCAAGAUCCAGAUUCCACGCAAAUGUUCUAUGCUACGUUAACGGGUUCUCAUAGUGACAAAAACAAAUGUGUUCCUGACAUGUACAUUGCGGAAUGUAAGUCGAAUUUGGAUUGCAAUACUGAAUUUAAAUGUCAUGAUGCGAAAUUAACGGUUCAAGAAUUGCAAACUACGUUGUUGCCCAAAAAAUUAGAUCAAUCUAUUUCAUCGACUUUGAGCGCAUAUUCUGCACAAGAACCGCGAAGAUAUUCAACUUCUGUCACAGAAUGUAAAACGAUAACGCAGGUCGACCACGCAGGUAGACGAUAUACCACAAUACCCGUGUCUUCUGAGCUUAGCACUCACAAAGUGUUCUUUAUCGGUAGUCCUCCCGAUUCGCCUCCUAAUCAUAGUGUAUCUUCAUCGAGUGAAAGUAGUGAGCCAAAAAGAAGUAUCGAUGAAUCGAAUAAGGAAACUAGUGUUGUCAUUGGCAAUAGAAAGGAAUUAGAUAAUGUGAAAGAUAAAAAUUCGAAGAGCUCAAAGUUCAAUUCCGAUGCGCAAAUGAAGGAAAAUGUUGAUCCCCGAACGAAUGACGACGUCGCUAAAGCAUCCUUUCGUAGAGGCAAUCAGGGAUGGGCAAAAAGACGCGGAUCAGCUCCAGUUGGUCUUCUAUCGAAAUUGGACGAUUUUACUUCAACGAAUACAUCUACCAGAGUUGAUCAUAAUUGCAGACGUGGAUCAGUACCCACUGAUAUUACUAAACAUCAAGGUGGAAGUUGUAACCGGUUAACUCUAGGCUAUCGAGGAGACAAUUUUUCGGAUCUACGAAGAUCUAGUCUUCCGCAAGAGACUGCAUUAGGAAAUCUUUUAGAAAAUGUCCUCACUUUAACUCGCGAACGUGAAAGCAUUUCAAUAAACAACAAUAAUAAUAACAACAAUAACAGUAGCAACCGCAGCAACAAUAAUGGCAUUAGUAAAUUUGAUAGUACCGUAUCCGGAAUGCUUUCUCCGAGACGAGGAUCAAUACCAGCAGACAUAUCCGAAUUACGUCGCGAUCUAUUUAGUAGGAAUAAUCUAAAUAGUAAACCGCGAAACCGCAAAAAAGUUUUAAGAAGACGAAGUAGUGGUGGCCCAGAAAUGUUCACCUGUGGAUCUACCGAUGGAAACGACAAUGGUACGUGGCUCAAAUGGAAAAGAGAAAUAGGAAAGCGCGAUCCUGUCCCCGAAGCAUUUGUCAAACGACGGGGAUCUCUACCCAUAGAGAUGGUGGCUGUUUCACAUGCUGGUCGGUACAACCAUAGAUAAAGGAGGAUGUCGUAACACAAGCGGGAUCAACAUCAGCAUCACGUAGAUCUAGCCUAUGGCGAUUUUAGUAUGCUGUAGAAAAAUAAGGGCCGUCCAUGCAGCGAUUAAAUCAUCACAACAGUCUUUCCUUGAAUUAUCAGUAGUAACAUCAGCGACGAUCGAUUACUGAUUUUUAAAAUUGUCAAUAUUAAAGACAUUUUUAUCGAUUGUAAAUGUGAGCAAGUGAAUUGUAAUUAUAUUUUUCAUGAUUUUAAAGUGUUAUGAGGACGAUAAAUCAAUUUAUACUUGAAGCGCGUGAAUUGAUUAAUAUCGAUAUAACAUGUAUAUUGUGAUAUCACAUGUAUUGUGAUAUGUUCUUGCAUGCGCUAGACAAAUCGAAAGUAGUUGGAAGAUUUUGAUUGUUAAUUGAGAUGUUGCAAACUUAUGUUAUGUGUAUAGGUAUAAUAUUGAAUAUCGAGACUUUAGAUCAUAUAAUCUAAUAAAUAAAGAACAGAGAGAGAGAGAUGGAGUA